AUGUUGUUUUGUAGUGGUUAUGGUCGUGCUUAUUUCUCAUGUACCUCGGCACACACAUGCACAGGCGAUGGUACGGCUAUGGUCACCAGAGCUGGACUACCCAACGAAGAUAUGGAGUUCGUUCAGUUUCAUCCAACAGGUAUGUUACAUUACUCCAGUAUCUUACAUACAGCUCAUUACAUUGUUUUCCCGCAUGCCCCACUCAGUUCAUUCUCAUAAAAUUGUUUUUCAUGCUUAGGUAUUUAUGGUGCUGGUUGCUUGAUAACAGAGGGCUCAAGGGGAGAAGGAGGGUACUUGGUGAACAGUGAGGUACACAGUCUAUGUACAUUAUUGAACAUUAUUACAAUUACUGUCAUUGUCUACAGGUUGUGUUUGCAUGGCUUGUUCUUUAGGGUGAGCGGUUUAUGGAGAGAUACGCACCAACUGCCAAAGAUCUUGCUUCAAGAGAUGUUGUCUCACGAUCCAUGACUUUAGAAAUCAGAGAAGGAAGGUAGACCCUACUGUAUUUAAUCUGUUUGUCCUGAAGGUCCAGCAAGGGUAAUUUGUUGUAAUGGUCCAGUGUUAUUACUGGAGGAAACCGGGCUAGACUUUAUUAUAUUGGAUAGCUCUAUCAGUUCUAAACUGUUCUUCCUAGAGGUCCAGUAAGGAUCAUCUCUUAUAUUGAUCCAGUGUUACUACAGUAGGAAGCCUAAACUAAACUAACGUUAUUUAUACUGGACAGUUCUAUCAGUUCUAAAGUGUUUUUCCUAGAGGUCCAGUAAGGAUCAUCUCAUAUUGAUCCAGUGUUACUACAUGCAGAAGGAAACCUAAACUAAACUAACGUUAUUUAUACCAGAUAGCUUUACCAGUUCUAAACUGUUCUCCCUAGAGGUCCAGUAAGGAUCAUCUCUUAUAUGAUCCAGUGUUACUACAAGAGGAAACCUAAACUAACUUUAUUUAUACUGGAUAGCUCUAUCAGUUCUAAAGUGUUCUUCCUAGAGGUCCAGUAAGGAUCAUCGCUUAUUGAUCCAGUGUUACUACAGGAGAGAACCUAAACUAAACUACCGUAACUUUAUUUAUACUGGAUAGCUCUACCAGUUCAAAACUGUUCUUCCUAGAGGUCCAGUAAGGAUCAUCUCUUAUUGAUCCUGUGUUAUACUGGAUAGCGAAGACAAACUUGAACAUUGUGAAGAAAAACUUGUUUUCUGUUUAACCAUUUAACCACAACAAACUUGGUUUUAUUCACAGAGGAGUUGGUCCAGAUAGCGACCACGUGUUCCUACAGCUGUCUCACCUUCCAGCAGAUCUUCUGGCUGAACGCUUACCUGGAAUAUCUGAGACUGCUAUGAUAUUUGCUGGUGUCGACGUAACUCGUGAACCUAUUCCUGUCUUACCUACAGUACAUUAUAACAUGGGGGGAGUACCCACGAACUAUAAGGGACAGGUAAACAUGAUUCUUAAUAAGUCUAGUGCCUAAUAUUACUAAUGUCAUAGGUCCCGGUGUCAGUGGGGGCGGGGAAGGGGGUAGGGGGCACAAGGCACCCAAGAUAAAUCUUGAAGUAGUCAUGAUAGUAGUUACAGUCAUACAGGUCUAAGAACGAAUUUACUACUGCAGCUAUAUCAAUAUCUUUGAUGAAACUGUUCCGCUGUAAUUUAGAUAUCGAGUUAGUAUAGGUAAUCAUGCGAUGGCGAGUACAAUUAAGGAUUAAUAGUACGAGUGAUGUUUGGAAAUUUUGCCAAAAUUGGACGAGCCGCCGGGGCGAGUCCAAUUUGGUAAAUUUCCAAACAUCACGAGUACUAUUAAUCCCUAAUUGUACGAGCAACAUCGCAUGAUUACUUGUUUAUUAUUAUCAUGACAAAAUUGGUUACGUACUUCUCAAUGUCAACAUCAUAUUCUCUCGCCAAAGCCCAGUCCUGCAAGACUUUCAACCAAAAUUUGGUGCUUUUGUUUGUAUUUUCAUUUAGUUCUUUUGUUCAAGCAAAAUUUGGUGCUUUUGUAUCUAGUCCCUCCACGGCAAUUUCAUUUCACGUUUGUUUUUAAAAUACCUUUCCGCCAUUUUGUUUGUUUUGGGAAAAUCAUUAAUUGUACUCCAGUACUGCGGUACAAUUAAUGAAAGAAUUGUACUUCUCUCAACCAAUCAGCAUGCAGUAAUUUUGUCAUGCUAAUAAUAAGUAGAUUAAUUAAGUAUUCAAUCAUUUCAAUAAUCAGGUAUUUAGUAAUUCGCUGUAAAAAUGUAGAUCCUAAAAAAUUCCUGGGAACAGUUUCCUAUGUUCCGAUUUUUUACACCUGAAAUCAGGCCCCCCGUAAAACUGAGGGCCUGCCACGCAGGCUAGGAAACAAAAUCCUGCCCGUUGCAAAUCAGGCCCCGCAUAAAACUGAGGGCCUGCCACGCAGGCUAAAGGAAAACUUCCUUGUCUCACUAUAAUGAAUAUUAAAUCUCUCACUGUGUUUCAGGUUAUCGACGUUGUAAAUGGUGAAGAUAAAAUUGUGGAAGGACUCUGGUCUGCUGGCGAAUCCGCUUGUGCCUCGGUGCAUGGCGCGAAUAGACUGGGAGCUAACUCUUUACUUGAUCUUGUUGUGUUUGGUCGCGCAUGCGCUCACUUUAUCACAGAGGAAAACAAACCAGGCGAACAAUUGCCUCAGCUGUCUUCGGUGAGAUACUUACAUAGACGAAUGGGCAAUUCCAGGUAUAGACAAAAUUUUGAUCUGGGCAAGAAGAACAAAAUCCAUCACCACAGCUAGAAAGAGCAUGUUAAAAUUAGCAAAAUUGCAAAGUUUGGUUGCGAAAUGUUGUGGAAAUGAGGAAAAUAUAGACGAUUUGCAAAUUUUGUAUUACGCGCGGGAAAAUGCACCACAUUUGGGCCGAAAGUGGUACAAAUUCCCGUGCGUAAUACAAAUUAAUACAAAAUUUGUAAAUUUCGUAGGGCUAUAUUUUCCUCAUUUUACAACAUUUCGCAACCAAACUUUGCAAUUUUACUAAUUUUAACAUGCUCUUUCUAGCUGUGGUGAUGGAUUUUGUUCUUCAUGCCUAGAUCAAAAUUUUGUCCAUAGCUGGAAUUGUCCAUUUGGAUAACGUUUGUUUAUCCGGUAUCCACAAUGAAAAAAACUGGCGAACGUUUGUUUAUGCCCAAUGAAAAAAAUUGGCGAACUGGUGUUUAUGCCUAAUGAAACAAAUUCCAUCAUUUCUCAGGAUGCUGGCGAGGAGACUGUGGAGGAGUUAGAUAAAUUACGUCAUGCUGAUGGCAAUGUGACAGUCGCCGAUUUAAGAUUGGAGAUGCAGAAAGUGAGUAGAAGCAAAUGAGCUGCAUGUAUAUCACAAAUAGAUAAUAUCUUGCCGUUGUCCAUUCAGUUGUAGAUAUUAGGGAUCGGCACCGAACAGAAAUGUUUUUCUUGAUAAAAAUUUUCCUCAUCCAACCAUUAAAAGUAAAAAAAAAUUUACCCAACCUCAAUAAAAAAUAAAUACUAUUCAGUUGUCACACAUAUGUCCUUUAUUUAAAGGCACUUCUAUGACAUGAGUUUAAUAAUUGUGCAAUUUUCUACAGACUAAAGUUUCAUGUUGUCUGCACAUGGCGACAUCAUUUGCCUCCUGACAAAUCGGAAAAUGAUCAAGAUAGUGACUCUGAUUGAUUGAUUGAUUGAUUGAUUGAUUGAUUUACAUAUUGUAUUGACAUAUGACUAUUGACAUUGCUUGUUGGUCUUCAAUAGUUGAGUGAGUCAUGCUUUGGAAAUGACAAUAAAUUUUUAUUACCCAACCCUUGAGUUUUUUUGUUUUUUUUCAUUUACCCAACCUUUUACUCACUCAAAUUUUGUUUACCCAACCCUUUUCUCUUCGAUGCCAGCCCUCGCCAUAAAUAAUGAACCAACCCCUGUUUUUUUUCGUUGCUUCGCACGACCCAGUACUUUUUGUAUUUUUCCUCAGAUAAUGCAAAGUAAUGCGGCAGUCUUCAGAACUGGUCCAGUGUUGAGAGAAGGAUGCGAGAAGCUAGAUGCUUGCUACGGGAAAUUGGAAGAUUUGAAAUUAUUUGAUAGAGGAAUGGUGUGGAACACUGAUCUCAUUGAAGCACUGGAGUUACAGAAUCUAAUGUUGAAUGCCGCUCAGACGAUCUACUCCGCUGAAGCGAGGGAGGAGAGCAGAGGUGCGCACGCGCGAGAAGAUUUUAAGGUAACGAGCACUGAUCUAUAUAUUAGGCCCCAUUUACAUGAGACCAGAACAGUGACUCUGGACCGGAACGACGAAGUCAAACCGGGACCACUUCGUUUCGGUCAUAGUAUUAUUUAUAAUAGAUGUUUACAUGAGACUGGGACGAAAAUAACUCAGACCGGUCUCAAGUUAGGACGGGGUCUUACAUACAAGGUCGGAUUUUGGUUGAAAUGGUGAUGGAGGUGGAAAAAGAUUUUGGAGAUGUGCAGCGGUCUACAAUCUUUGUCAAAAACUGUGGGACAGCUGCUGUAAUUUCACACAAUUUGAAAGGCGUAGCGCCCCCCAUUCCCCCAGUUCAAUGUUGGGCCGACAAAAAUCUGAUACCUGGUUGCGAGGCGCCAACAUUGAAACGGGUGGGGGGAGGGAGGGUGGAAAAAAUGUAUCAGUAAAUGGUAUAUUACAACCGAAUGCAUGUGAAAACUAGGUUGUCCCAAUCUAUAUUGUCAAAGAUUGUAGCUUACGAAUGAUGAUCCCCAUGUAAUGUUAGAGCAUAGAACGGUACCCUUCUAACAUCAAUCAACCACGUGACGUAUGCAUGUAUUGUACAUACGUGUAUCGGUGUAUUUAUUAAUUAUAACUGUACAACUCAUCUAAUUUUGCCGUUCAUUACAUUCUUUCGAAACAUUGCGUUAAAGGGUACUUGACACAGAGAUGGAUGAUUUUAUCACUGUUCCAAUUUUACAGAAAAACGUUCGUACAAAGUGUAGACCCUAAGCAAUACUUUUGUCAAAUUUUCACUUUGGUCUAUCAUUUAACCUUUCUCGAAGGGAGGUGGAAAACAAUCUCAGGGAAGGUAGGCAGGGUCCCCACACCUCCCCUCGAAAUCCGGCCAUGAUUUCAUGUUGCUGGCAGGUAACACUGUUAUCUGAUGAUUUCUUUAUUGAGCUGUAAGCUAUAUUGGCCAAUUAGAACACACGUAGUGACUACAAUGUAUAUAAAUAAAAUGAAUAAUUUGUCAUUCUCCAGGAUCGUGUUGAUGAAUAUAACUAUAAGGAACCACUAGAAGGGCAGACAGCAAAGCCUCUCAGUGACCACUGGCGCAAACACACCUUGUCAUAUCAAGAUCAUAAAACUGGAAAAGUAAGUAACAAUACAGAAUGUAAGUAAAAUUGUGCAUACGAGUUAUUCUCGUGUCUCAUAUAACUACAGACGGUACCGUUUCGGCCUUAUGGGCCUCAUCAGUGUAGUGCUGAUGAGCAGGAUGAAAGUGACUGCUAUUUACAGUCACCUUUGAUGCCUCACGAAUGUGGGACAUCAAACCAUGCCAGAGCGCUCAAACUGCAAGCAGUGAGCGUGCUCUAAUAUAUAUAUUUCUUGAGUUAUGAAAAUAUAUAUAUUUCUUGAGUUCGUUUCUGUGUUAAACAGAAAGUAAUAUAGAUAAUUAUAUUGCUUUACAUGCCUUAGGCUGGGACCCACCUAAAAUAAGGAGAGAAAAAAGGCAAAAGCGAAAAUAUUUACUACAACCACAUAACCAAUGAUAUUAAUAAUAGUUUUAUGUAUGACGGUGCUCAUCUAUGGAAGUCCAUUCCAAACGAGUUUUGAGAGAGCAAAUCCUUUUCAUAUUUUCAAACAAAAAUUGCUACUCACAUUUUUCGUAACAAAAUAUUAACCCUGUCAAUAGACAAUAUUCGCAAAUUAUAUUCCUAUAUUGACACCAUUCCUCAUAUUUUGUAGCUAACUGUAGAUAUAUACCCCUUUCUCAUCUUUUCAAGAGAAAAUUGCUACUCCCAUUUUUCAAUCGUAACGAAAUAUUAACCCUGUAAAUAGACAUUAUAGACUAUUCAUAAAUUAUAUUCCUAUAUAUUGACGCUCUACCUCAUAUUUUGUAGCUAACUUUAAGUAUUGUACUUUUGCUAUAUUGUAUCGAACAAGAUGCCCAAAAUUUCGAUAUUUGUCCACUUGUAACUUAGUUGAAAUUUUUUUGUUUUAUUUUAGGUAACGCUUGAAUACCGUGCUGUAAUAGACGAGACCCUAAAUGACGCUGAAUGUCCCACUGUACCACCUGCUGUCCGUGUUUACUAGUUUGUUGCGACUUUAUAACCGCACUUGGAUGAUUCCACCUAUAGACGAAAUUUUGAUCUAGGCAAGAAGAACGAAAACCAUUACCAUAGCUGGAAAGAGCAUGUUAAAAUGAGUAAAAUUGCAAAGUUUGGUUGUGAAAUGUUGUAAAUAUGAAAAAUAUAGCCCUGUGAAAUUAGUAAUUUUGAGUAUUUUAGUAUUACGUGCGGAAAAAUGCACCACUUUCGGCUCGUAUUUUACAACAUUUUGCAACCAAAUUUGGCAGUUUUACUAAUUUAAUCAAGGAUGUUCUUUAAAGCUAUAGACCCUUUGCACUGAAGUCACAAAUCCUUAGAGUGUCCUCCAGAUGCUACCUAACAAUAUCUGUUCGGGUACAACGACCACAUACAGCGAAAAAAUUAACCAUUUUAAUACAAAAUUAUUAUAAACUUUUACAAAAUUUGCUUUGUUUACAAAAGUUAUAUUAUGCGUAGAUUGCCAAUUUGUCCUCCAGAUGCAUCGUUACUGGCGCUGUGACGUCCAGUGCAAUGGGUCUAUAAUGAUAGAUUUUGUCCUUGUUUGGAUCAAAAUUUUGUCUAUAAUGGACCUUUCCCCUUAUAACUAAAAUUUCGAUCUAGACAAAAAUUUCAUCACAGCUUGAAAGAGCAUCACAAAAUUAGUAAUAUUCCAAAGUUUUGUUGCAAAAUCUUGUAAAAUGCGGAUAAUAUAGCCUUGCGAAGUUUGCCGUUUUUCAGUCAUUUUGUAUUACAAACGGAAUUAACAUCCGAUUCGGGUGUUGGGGCUGCAAUUUCCCGUUUGUAAUGCAAAAUGACUGAAAAACGGCAAGGCUCUAUUUUCCUCAUUUUACAACAUUUCGCAACGAAACUUUGGAAUAUUACUAAUUUUGUGAUGUUCUUUCAAGCUGUGAUGAAAUAUUUGUCUACACUUGCCUAGAUCAAAAUUUUGGUUAUAAGGGGAAAGGUCUAUUGGAAUCAUCCAUUUUGUAAAAUUGCGGCAGUGCUACACUAUGCCAAAUAUUGCGGUACAGUUUAUGCAACGCAGUCUGUUUCAACCAGUUUAAUUUCACAAAAGCUAUCAACACCGAAAAGUGUUUUGAAUGCCGAGUUUUUUUUAAAACAAACUUUGAGGUAUUUUAAAUCACUAUUUCAAGUGAACCAUUCGGUGUGCAAUAUAACGGUCAUCGCCCAUUGUUCUACACGGAUAUUAUGGCCGACCAUUUUUCCUCAUUAAUUUUGAAUAAUCUCUCAAAAUAAUUGCAUUCCAAUGUACCGUGCACUUUUCUCUUUUGUCUUCAAUUAAUGUCGGAUGAUGUCCUCUCAAAAGUGGGUUUGUCUGACAUUUUGUGUGUCCAAGAUUUUAGAACUAUUGGAAACUUUAUUUAAAGAGACAUUCAACACGGACUCCUAAUUUUAUAUGUACGGAGGGCAUCGCAAACUGAUUCAUUUUCUAUAAGAAUUAUAUUUCUAUGAAUUUAUGAGGUGGUUUUAUUGGUUCAUUUCGGUUGAACUGGUUGAAACCUAUUAGAAAUGAAUUAUUUAAAAUUCUGUGAAAUGACAGCAUUAGAGGCUUGCUGUAAAUGUGUAGCAGAGCAUAGUUUAAGAGUUUAUUUUUAUUGCUCAAUAUAUUGGGUUUUUUAAUUUUGAUCGAUUCAUUAUUGCUCAUGUCAUGCAAUGGGCUUGUAUUAUUCCGUAGUUUUAUCUUUAUUUGGUUUUUGACCGAAGUAAAGGCAUGUAUGUUAUUUAUAAAUUUGCAUCAUUGUUCAAUGACAAAUGGCAUUUAAGAUCCAGGAUAAGUUUUUCCAUGAAUUUAAAAAUUAAACACGGUAUAUUCGAUUUCUAUAUUUGCAGCAACAACAACAGCAACAACAAUAACAACAACAACAAUAACAGCAACAACAACAACAAAAGCAACAACAAUAGCAACAACAAUAGCAACAACAACAACAAUAAUAAUAAUAGCAACAACAACAGCAGCAGCAACAAUAACAACAACAACAACAACAGCAAGCACCACAAACAACAACAACAACGAGAAUUAAUGACAUGUAUGAAACUAAAUAACAAGUUAUGUGAGAAUUUAAAUGUAGAGAACAAUUUAAAUGUAGGUCAACCUGUAUGUUUACAUGUCCACGUGCAGAUGCAACGACGGUAUCCUUCAACAUAGACUUUGCUU